GGCGCGGUGGGCGGAGUGAUGGCGGCGCGCGCGGCGUUGUGCGCGGUGGGGUUGGCGCUGGCGGGGUACGCGCUGCACGUGGAGCGCGCGCACGAGAGGGACCCCACGUACCGCGCGAGCUGCGACCUCGGGCCCAGCGUGUCGUGCACGCGCGUCUUCGCCUCCAGGUGGGGCCGCGGUUUGGGGCUGCUGGAGGCGGUUGUGGGUCGGGACAGUGCCAUCAACGUCCCCAACAGCGUCAUUGGGAUCGCCUUCUACAGCCUGCAGGCACUGCUCGGCGCAGUGCCGGGCAGAGCCUCCUCCGCGGCGCUGCUGGUGACGUCGGUGACGUCGGUGCUGGCGUCGCUGUACCUGGCGUUGGUGUUGGCCUUCGGCCUCCACGACCUCUGCCUCGUCUGCCUCAGCACCUACGUCGUCAACGCCGCCCUCCUCUUCCUCAACUGGAGGCGCUGGCGGCGCUGCGGACAAACCGCCGUCCGGAAACGCGAAUGAUGGUGGCAACAUGGCGGCGACGACAACAUGGCAAUGACAACAUGGUGGCGACAACAACAUGGCGGCGACGACAACAUGGCGGUGACGACGUGACAGUGACAACAUGGCGGUGACGACAACAUGGUGGCGACGACAACAUGGCGGUGACGACGUGACAGUGACAACAUGGCGACGACAACAUGGUGGCGACAACAACAUGGCGGCGACAACAACAUGGCGGCAACAACAACAUGGCGGUGACGACGUGACAGUGACAACAUGGCGACGACAACAUGGCGGCGACGACAACAUGGCGGCGACGACAACAUGGCGGUGACGACGUGACAGUGACAACAUGGCGACGACAACAUGGC